GUGUUUUCUUGACUUUGAAACAGUCAUUUGCUGAGGAUCGGCCCAUGUUACGUAAACAUCAAGUUACAUAAAAUAUCUAGUUGAAAAGUGUUGCUAAAUCCCACCUAGUCAGCCUCGUUUCGUGCACUGAGAUACAUUAUUUCUGUGAGAAUAAUUACAUUUAGAAAUGCACAGGCUCUGGAAAACAAGUUCUCUUAAGGUUCCAUCUAUAGGCUUGAGUCUUUUGUUGACAGGUGCCUUUAUAUCACACUCUGCCAGUGCUUGUAUGAGUGCUGCUGGAGAAGGAGAAAGGAAAAUGGAGUCUGUCCGGCAAGCCAACAACGAUCUGAUUGAUUCAUCCUACCCUGGUACAGCUGUCACUCGACUAAACAACGUGCAGUCAAGGGUGAAAUCACUGACACCUGAGCAGUUGAGUCAGGACUGGGAAACAGUUAGACGCUCCAUCAUCUGGGCAGGUGGACUCAGAGAUCUUCCCAAUGUGAGACCUGGCAAGGGCUACACAGGACAUUCCUUCAACGAUUUCAAUCAUUGUGACCUGACAACAAUGCGUGGAGAUGAAGCUGAUAACAACAACGAAGGCAGAGUUGAUGGUAUAGCGUACAACAAUCGUUUGGGAGAAGGAAUUCGUAUUGCGUCCAUCGAAGAACUAGGACCCGGUGGCUCUUGGAGUACUUGCAUGAUAGGAUGCAACAAGGAACCCCCUCAAGAUGUGGCCCACAUUCAAUUCAAGUCAAGGAUUGCUUUCAAACUUGUGUGGACUCCAAGGAACUACACCACAUUCGUAUUGGUGGAUGAUAGUGGAUCUCUACUAAAUUGGGGUACACCGACAGGAGAUUUGCCUCACAUUUCCGAAAGAAGACGCAACUUUGAUACGGUGGCCGGUUCCAAAUACGCCGUCGAAGCCGAGCGCAAAGGGCUAGAAAUGCAGCAACAACCGUAAUACCUUUUUCCCCACACGACUCAUUUCUUUAUUAGCCCAUUGGGGCUCACAAACAUCAUUACUUGUAGCUGAACUGCGUCAACGUAAUAUUUUGUUUAUAGGAAUGGCGGUCGUGAAAUCUCGGAGCUUUAACCCAAUAGUUUGCUUAGCAGCCUCCCCUUUAAUUGCGCAUGUUCCUGUUUGAUUAUCCAAGAUUUUGUUCUAAUGUCUGACUUCUCGGUGUUAUUAAUACAACUUGGAAUGACAAA